AUGCCACUUGGAGGGGGAAACAAGUGUGGCUGCUGUCAGAAGACAGUGUAUUUUGCAGAGGAAGUUCAGUGUGAGGGACAAAGCUUCCACAAAUCCUGCUUUCUGUGCAUGGUGUGCAAAAAGAACUUGGAUAGUACAACUGUAGCUGUACACCAGGAUGAGAUCUACUGCAAGUCCUGCUAUGGCAAGAAAUAUGGCCCAAAAGGGUAUGGCUUUGGUGGAGGAGCAGGUACUCUGAGUAUGGACACAGGCGAAGCUCUUGGAAUCAAUCCGGCUGGACAAACAGCCCAUCGUCCAACCAAUAACCCAAAUGUGUCAAAAUUCGCUCAGAAGCUUGGUGGGUCAGACGUGUGCCCUCGAUGCAAAAAUGCUGUGUAUGCAGCAGAGAAGGUGGAAACGUGA